UCGAACGAACCGAAUCAUUAAAGUGAGUCAUGGAGUAAGGGCAGACGUGCGCGCGCCGCCACUUACCGUUCGCACGUACGCACGGUUCCAAAGCUGUACGAGCAUGAUGAAGCAGCUCAACCGUGCCGAGACUCCACCGUCCAUCACGUUACGUAUCGGAUCGGCGGUGGCUCACAGCCUUCAGCUCCGACGAGGCCUUCGGGUGAAGCGUCCGAACGUUCAGGGCCCUCGGGGACCGCCGGGAAAGAGCCAGAACAAUGGCACGACUCGGCAUCGCGGUCAGAUCUCCUGUCUGAGCAAACACCUGUGGGGUCCGACCCUGGUCGUCCAGCGCCAGGAGAUGGCUGCUUACUUCAGGCUUUUUGACGACGAUCUCAUCCAGGAUUUUCUGUGGAUGGACUGCUGUUGCAAAAUUACAGAUAAGUAUUUGCUCGCCAUGACGUUCGUCUACUUCAAGAGGGCGCGCUUCAGCAUCAGCGAGCACAGCAGGAUGAACUUCUUUAUCGCGCUAUACCUAGCAAACACCAUGGAGGAGGAUGAAGAGGAGGAAAAGUACGAGAUCUUCCCCUGGGCUCUGGGAAAAAGCUGGAGGAAGCAGUUCCCUCGUUUCCUGAAGCAAAGGGACAAGCUGUGGGCUCGCAUCGAGUACCGGGCUGCAGUCAGCCGCCGCUGCUGUGAGGAGGUGAUGGCCAUCGCUCCGUCUCACUUCAUUUGGCAGCGAGAGCGAGCUGCUCACCACAGCGGGGCUCAGCGGCAGUACCGGGACAGGGAGGAGGUACAGAUCCCGCGAGGUCCAGCUGCCUCUCCCGAGCCCUGUGCUCUGUGUGCUAAAGCCUCAUACCUCUCCUCGUCCCCUCUUCCCCUCACACUCAGCCCGAGUCCCCAGGAAACACCCAAGACCCAGAAAUUAGUCUGGUCCCGCAGUAAAGCCUCCUGCUACUGCACACACAGCCCAGCAGGUGGGACAGUAAAGCGCUGUACUGGUGAAUCUGAAGACAUGGAGUGACGUUCACAGCGAAUCCGGCCAUGACGAUUCCACAGACUGGAUCGACAAGGACUAGAGUCUCGAUCGCAACCAGUAACACAUCGUCCGUUACCUAGAAACCGCUAUGAUUUGGAAACGUGCGUCAUCAGGUAACGCUACCCACGCGUCAAGGGAACGUUGUCGAACGGAUCGACUGCCAGAACGAGCCGCGUUCACGUGCAAAGGCUUCAGUAUUUACUGUUCACAUGCACUUUUCAUCCUGUCACACGUGUUUAUCAUUAUCGCUAUUUAUCUAUGAAGUACUAGCUGUUCACGUGACACUUUAAUAGGAAUGUUUGUUUUUUUUCGAAGAGCCUAAAGCACAUCACACGCACGCCACGAGACGUUCAACGGCUUUCCCGGUCGUACACGAUAAAACAAAACGGAAAUAACUUAUCAUUUAAGGCUUGUAAAAGAACUGUUACUGCGUUGUGUUUAAAAUUCAAAUAAACCAAUGAAAUAAACGCA